GUAUCGCGCGCUAUUGCGACUUGCGCGCAGAAGUGACCGGUGGUAUCCGGGUAGGUUCGUGGUGUCUACAGACACUCUAGUACAACCACCAGAACAGGAUCCACCAACACCUGCUCCACCAACACCUGUUACGGAUACCGCUGACGCACCCUCAGCACAAUCCCUGGCCUCUUUUUCAAGGGGAAAAGGGGCCGAGGAAUGCUUUCAGGGAUGUGAGCGCGGUAGCUCUAAUCAAGCACCAACGCGAGACGAGGGAAUAUCUGAUGAGAGGAGUUGUUCCUGUGUCCAAGCAAGUUCUGGCGCGAAGGAGAUUGCACAAGGACAGG